CUCUUCCCACUCCUCGAGUUCCUCCCCUUCAUCUCCGCUUUCCAGCCGCCCUUGCUCCUCUCUGGUCUAUGACCAAGCUUCUUCUGGGCUGCAUUCUGCUUUUGACGUUUACCCACUGUUGUUUAUGAUCCUACCUGAUCCCCCCCGGACCACUUGGUGAUAGCCCUUCGGUUCCUGCUGUUCACUGACCUCCAGCGAUGGCUCUUCCUCAGCCACCCAACUCGGAGAAGACCAUUCGCAAAAUCGAUAUUGCUCAGGUAUCCCUCAGCCUCCAAGAUCGUCUCGGUCUCGCCAAAGUCAAGUACCAGAAUGGCCGUCUCCAGUCCCUCGAUCACUCCGGUGGUCGUUCCCUCCUCGUAGGGAGCGACAAACCGUCGGAUUCCUCGUCCGAAAUAUCCCAUAGCCGUUGCGAGACUCCUCUGACGUCCCCUCCCUUGCGAACUGCGACCUACUCGAAGGAAUUGCCCCGAUCAUCACGGAAUAGACAUGCAGCCACGUUCGAUUCCAAGGUGAUGCAGCCAAUGCUGUCGGCCGGCCGAAAACGUCUCCGGUCGGACUCGAUCACGGAUCGUCCAGCAAAAGCUCCUCGGGUCUCUUGGAAAAGUUCAUACCAACUCCCCGAGUCGUCACCUGGCUUCAACCGGCAGAUGGGACAUCGCCAACGACAUUUGCCCCUCAUCUCUGAGACGGCCCCGAUCCCCGAAUUUUCCUCUCCGGCCCACAAUCCCUAUUCGGACGACGAAAACGACCCGGAUCUUCCUGUUCAUAGUUUUCAACAUGUGAGCUCGAUGGUGGGCUCCUCGCCGCCUCGUACUCCUCCACCAAAACACGCUCGCUCGUCGCGGAACGAACGGACCUUGCGGCAUGAUGACGGAGCUGAUCUGCUCCUGUAUCUGGCCAAUUCGCCCACCCCGGCCAGCGUUGCCAACAAGACCCACGCGCGAGACUUCCCUCCAUCAACUCCUCCAAGUCAGCAUGCCAUGCUACCGUCGCUCACGCCAACUCCCGGGGGCGGCAGUCUCUUCCCAAAUUUCAGCACUCCCAAUCAGCAGUUCAAUUUUGCAGAUUUUGUCAACGUCACCCCGAGCCCUGCUCAAGCACCCUGGGGUGGCCGUACGCCCGGAGGCGCGGCACGCACCCCUCUUGCAGCAAAAGAUAGGCGGCGGUCGAACUUUGACACCCUGUUACCUCCUGGUGCAGACAGCCCCAAGAGCCGAGCGAGAGCGUCGGGUCUCCUCUUGCAACUUGGUGGAGAACUCCGUCCUUGAAAAAAACAUCAUG